CUCCUGCGCACAGCCAAGUCAGGAAACGACUGGGGUCCAAGUGAACUUCACGCCUAUAACAUCCGAGUCGAGUUCCAAGACGCAAUCGCUUUCUUUGGUGUUAACCCGUUGCCACACCCAGCAGUCGCUGACGAAGUCCUUCACAAUCUGGCUGCUACCGAUAUGGUCGACGAUAACAAUUAUAAACUCUUACGCUAUAUGGAUUUCGCAAUGGAUCCUGUCCCUGCUCAGGAGUCCGCUGUGGACGGUUUUGUCGUAUUUCUGUUGUCGCUGUUGGGUUAUGUACCGCGAGAGAAGAUGGCGCGCGCACGCACCGAUAUUCCACUGCUUAUCUGUGGAGAAAGUCGCCAUGCAACAACCGAUGUUUGCAUCGUGUAUGCCGAUGACAAUUUACUCCUCGUUCAAGAGGAUAAGCGACAUAAAGAACCAAAGGAUCCAGAACCGCAGCUUAUAGCUGAGGCAAUUGCAGCGUUCCAGUCCAAUAACGCCAGGCGAACCCAUGUCCUUGGUCAAAAUCCUAUCCCUGUCGAGACGAUUCCGGGAAUUACCCUAAAGGGUUCUUCACCUAUAUUCUACAAGAUUCCCAUAACCACUGAACUCGCAGAAAGUGUCGCACUUGGGCUCUACCCUGCUGCACCUACCAUUGUGUAUGCGCAUCUCCCCAAGCUUCCUCGCCCUGCCCGUCGUCUGAGCGAGGGUAUGAGACCCUUGGAUAUAGCCAUCAUUCUUUCUUGUUAUGAAGCAUUCAAGAUAUUUAUUAACUAG